UGAGCCCGUCACUCGAAAGUAUGCACUGUGAUUGGUUGUAAAAACGAGAAGACAUGCUUGCCUCUUCUUGUUGACUAAAUUGUUCUAUUCCCAGAUUACGCGAGAGUUCUAACAGAGGAGCGAAAAAGGGUAUCCUGAGCUCAUCGGCUCCCAAGUAGCUACCGAAUCACCGGGAAACUGGGGACCUCCCGUCUCACGGCAGCGUGGAAUAUCGAUUCAGGAGCAAGCAAUGGAUCUGUCUAUUUUGGUUGUGAUUUGUCUAUUUAUGCUGGGCUGUACCGGCCACUCAUCGGCUGCUGAUAGGAAAAAAUUGUCUCCAGAAAACCUAUUGGUGAUCACAGCUGCCACAGAGGAAACAGAUGGCUUCAAACGAUUCAUGAGAACUGCCAGAGAGUUCAAUUAUACUGUGAAGGUGCUUGGCCUGGGUGAGGAGUGGAAAGGAGGGGAUGUGGCACGGACGGUAGGUGGAGGCCAGAAGGUGCGCUGGCUGAAGAAUGAACUCCAGAAGCAUGCCGACAAGGAGGACCUCGUCAUCAUGUUUGUGGACAGUUAUGAUGUGAUCUUUGCAAGUGGGCCAAAGGAACUGCUGCACAAGUUCUCCCACCUGGGCCACAGGGUGGUGUUCUCCGCUGAGGGCUUCUGCUGGCCCGACCAGCGUCUGGCCCCCAAAUACCCACCUGUCCCUAACGGCAAACGCUACCUCAACUCUGGAGGUUUCAUUGGCUAUGCUCCUGACCUCUAUAAUAUUGUGAAGCAGUGGAAGUUAAAAGACAAUGAUGAUGACCAGCUGUUCUACACUAGGAUCUACCUCGACAAAGAGCAAAGAACACGUUUUAACAUGACACUGGACCAUCGCUCUCAACUGAUUCAGAAUCUCAACGGUGCCCUUGAGGAGGUGGUGCUGAAGUUUGAGAAAGCUCGUGUGCGUGCUCGAAACGUGGCCUAUGACACACUUCCUGUCAUCAUCCAUGGUAACGGACCAACUAAGUUGCAGCUGAAUUACCUUGGCAACUACGUUCCUACUGCCUGGACGUAUGAGAACGGUUGUGGAACCUGUGACGAUGACCUCCUCUACUUCAAUGAUGUGCCGGAUGAAGAAAUGCCAAUAGUUCACAUCGGUGUGUUUAUCGAGCAGCCAACUCCAUUCAUGGAGGAGUUCCUUGAGCGUCUGGCCACCCUCAACUAUCCACACUCACGCCUGCGUCUGUUCAUACACAAUAAUGUGGUGCAUCAUGAGCGACACAUUGAGCAGUUCUGGGCCCGUCACCGCUCUCUGUUCCCUUCGGCAAACAUCAUUGGUCCAGAAGAGAACAUGCAACAGGCAGCGGCCAGAACCAUGGCAGUGGAGGCCUGUAAGAAGGACCCCAGCUGUGACUACUACUUCAACAUUGACUCUGAGGUGGCCCUGAUCAACCCGGAUAUCCUGCGCAUCCUCAUCGAGGAGAACAAGCCUGUGAUUGCUCCCAUGCUGUCUCGUCAUGGGAAGCUCUGGUCCAACUUCUGGGGCGCUUUGAGCCCGGAGGGUUUCUACGCACGCUCUGAGGACUACAUUGACAUCGUCCAGGGCAAACGAGUUGGUGUGUGGAACGUGCCUUACCUGACUCAGGUGUACCUGAUUCAAGGCUCCAUACUCCGCUCUCGCCUCAAGGCAGUCAACAUCUACCAGCAGGAGGGCACAGACCCAGACAUGGCCUUCUGCCGCUCUAUCCGAGACCAGGGGGUGUUCAUGUUUGUGUCAAAUAGAGACGAGUUUGGGCGCCUCAUCUCCACCAACAAUUACAACACCACACGGCUCUACCCAGACAUGUGGCAGAUCUUCGACAAUCCUGUGGACUGGAAGGAAAAGUACAUCCAUGAGAAUUACUCAAAGAUCUUUGAGGAAGAUAAGAAGGUCGUGGAACAGCCAUGCCCGGAUGUGUACUGGUUUCCGGCAUUUUCUGAGCGUAUGUGUGACGAGCUGGUUGAGACCAUGGAGGACUUUGGCGAAUGGUCCAAUGGGAAGCAUACGGAUGAGCGUCUAACUGGAGGCUAUGAAAACGUACCUACAGUAGACAUCCACAUGAAUCAGAUCCAGUUUGAGAAGGAGUGGCUCAAGUUCCUCAAGGAGUACAUCGCCCCGGUCACUGAAAAACUUUACCCUGGCUACUACCCAAAGGCUCAGGCAAUCAUGAACUUUGUUGUGCGAUACCGUCCAGAUGAGCAGCCUUUUCUGAGACCUCACCACGACUCCUCCACAUUCACCAUCAACAUCGCCCUCAACAGCAAGGGCAAAGACUACCAGGGUGGUGGCUGCCGGUUCCUACGGUAUGACUGUAAUGUGGAGGCCCCGCGUAAGGGCUGGUCCUUCAUGCACCCUGGCCGGCUCACCCACUAUCACGAGGGGCUGCCCACCACGCAGGGCACGCGCUACAUCAUGGUGUCCUUUGUAGACCCCUAACGGUUUGGGACUGUGUAUGUUUGUGUCAGUCUUUUUUUUGUGUGUUAAGGACUUCAUCAUGGUGUCAGUCACAGACUUGCAAUAUCUGUCCGUGUAUCAGUAUCUUUUGUGUGUGUAAAAGUGUGUGUAUGUGUGUGUGUGAUCAUGUGAUGAGGGAGAUAUGUUAUAUAUCACGGUAUCCUUCAAUGAUUCCAUAAACCUUCCCUGUAUGUCAGUGUGGUGUGUGCAUGUGUGUGUGCGUGCUAGUUAUCUUUUGUUUUAAGGGGCAUCUCUCUUACGUAUGGCUGUUCAUUCCUCCUCUUUAAUACCUACCCUCCAGCAUUAACUAAUGAGCACCCAGAUGUAGCCCAUCUGUAGAGGAGCCAGCCAAAACAAUCCACCAGACUCUAGAACACCUCCACCUGGAGUCCUCGGUCACCGGGGGUUAUGUUGGAAUAAGUUCCACACUGAAUGUAAAGUGAGUGUCAUGGGGCCAGAACUGUACAUGAUAACAGUGUGGAGGCAAACUGAUUCAUUGUGGACAAGAGGCACAUUAAAAAGAAACAAAUAUUUCAGACAGACCUUUUCUUUUCCAAAGACCCACCUGAAAGUCCCUCUUUAGCUGUUGGCCAAAUAUUUUCAGUUCCCCUUGGAGCACUGCCAGUGUUUGGCUUGAUUUAGAAUGUCCAAAUGCUGCUUAUGCUGUUAUCAUUCCACAUGUACUCCCCCCUCCACCACCACUACCAGUCAUAUAUGGUAGCAUAUGUGUGGCUACACAAGACCACAGUAGGGCAGAAGUCUUGGCUAGAUGGAGGAUUUGGAUAUCCCUGCUGAAGAGAGUGCCAUACAUAUGCAAUACAUCUAUGCAGUACCACUGUGAUUCACUUUAUUGUUGUUUUUUUGUACCUCUGACCACCUCUGUAGCAUUGUGUAUGACCCACCCCAAUGCUUUACUUUAUUUUGAUAUUGUUGAAGGUUUAGUCAGCCAUUUUGACAGAAGUUAGUUCUUAUGAAACUCAAAAAAUUCAACGAGUAACACUCUCCUUGUCAAGCUAAUGCAACUGUAUUUUCCAGCUAUAUGUUAUACCAGAUAUUAACACACAGGGCAAGUUGACUAUUCAUAAUCCUUAUGAUCUGCGUCACCUCAAUUUUCAGGAGGUGCACGUCAGCUGAUAGCGUGGGGCUUGAAGGGGGUUACACGGCAAUGCAGAUGCUCUGCAUACCGACGGUGUCGAUUCGAUGUAGAAUCAUGAAUUGUAUUUUAGUUGGUGAUUGGCUGGAUUUUUAUAAUAUUAUAUCAUACAGUUGAAAAUCAGUACAAUUUUGUUAAAUGUUACAGAAGGUGUUCUGAAUUGAAAUUGCUGACUUUAUCUUUCACGUAGGUUAAACGUUAACUUUUUUAGCAGCUAUUAUCAUAGAAUUGGUGGCAGAAUGACUGACUUGAAAUGCUAGUCUCCACUGAGAAAAUGGGUCAGUGACUACCAAUGUUUUGUAUACCUGUGACUAUACUAUGGACAUCAUGGAGUCAUACCCUUGCAUUGUGAAGAAAUCAAUUUGUUGAAAUGAGAGCUGCCAUGUGUUCAAAUUGGACCUAGAUUCUGCACAGUGAGUGCUUUUUGGAGCCAGAGCAUUCAUAGCACAGUAUCAGACAGGGCAGCCCAGAAUCUAUUUAGAUUUUGUUUUUUAUCUACUCUGUGCUUGGGUUCUGUCUGGUUAAUUCCCUUUUGAAAUCACUUCACAGGGUCCAUACAUUUUAGUCAUUGUUAGCCUUUUGUAGUCUCUUAAAGUACCCAUGACACUCCAUGUUUAAGGGCCUUUACUCUCCUUGAGCUGAAAACAGUACAAUAAUAACCUAAUGACAUCAUGCGUCUUUGGUCUGUGGAUCAUCUAAUAGGCUACAUGGCUGCGGAAACACUGAUCUACAACUGAGUGUUCUAAGUUAAAUGUGUCCUGGCAUUUCCCCUGACGCUACAAUGAGAGCCAAGUGCCUUGUGCCUUGUGUCGCCAUAAUGACUGUGAUGUUCUAGAACGUUUCAGUAUGUGGCUGGUUGUUCUCAGUCUGAGUGUUGUUUCAGAUAUGAAAAUCCAUGGUCAAUUGGUCAGUGUAUUUAUGAUCAUGAUUGUUGAGGCUGAUAGUCAUAAUGUAUACACUUAAACUGAUGUUUGAUAUUUUUAACACUCCACAGUUGGAUUAUUAAUAUUGUCUGAAAUUUAUGAUGGAUAUUCUUUUUUAUUGUUAUUUUUGCUACCAACCAGACAUCAUUAGCCUAAAUAUCUGAAUGAAAAAGAAAGAAUAUUUUUUAAUGGGCUACAGUAGGAAAUGGGAAAGUAUUACAGUUUCACAACAAAAAUGUCUUUUUAUUAUUAUUAUUAUUAUUAUUUUGUGUUAGAAACAAACGUCUGCCUUGUUUAUGAUGUUACAACUGCCUGUACAAAGUGCCAUUAAAUUAUUUUUCUUCUUGAAAAUAAAAAUUUGACAUUUU